AUGUCCGGAAUCAGCAAAGCCUGCUGCUCGAUCCCACCCGUCGUUUCCAAGGGCUACCAAGCCAAGGGAAGCUACCAGACCAUCAAUGGCAUGAAGACUUAUGUGACCGGUCCCGAGACGGCCACUAAGGCCAUUCUGGUCGUCUAUGAUAUCUUCGGCUUCUUUGACCAAACCAUCCAGGGCGCCGACAUUCUGGCCACCUCCGACGAGCAGAAGUACCGCGUCUUCAUGCCCGACUUCUUCGAGGGUAACCCCGCCGAUAUCUCGUGGUACCCCCCGACCACCGAUGAGCACAAGAAGAAGCUCGGCAACUUCUUCUCGACCCAGGCCGCCCCACCCAAGACCCUUUCCAAGAUCCCCAAGGUCAUUGAGGAGGGCAACAAGUACGCCGCGGCCGGCAGCUUCCAGUCCUGGUCGAUUCUGGGCUUCUGCUGGGGUGGAAAGAUUGCUGCCAUCUCCGCCGGCAAUGAUAACAAGCUGUUCAAGGCCGCUGCGCAGUGCCACCCCGCCAUGGUCGACCCCAACGACGCCAAGAGCAUCAACGUGCCGUUCGUCUGCCUGGCCUCCAAGGAUGAGCCCGCGGCCGACGUCGACGCCUUCAAGGCCAACCUGCAAGUCCCCAGCCACGUUGAGACCUUCCCCACGCAGAUCCACGGCUGGAUGGCGGCCCGCUCGAACCUGGAGGACCCCGAGGUGGUCAAGGAGUAUGAACGCGGCUACAAGACUGUGCUCGAUUUCUUCCACCAGCACGUCAAUUCCAUCCACUAG